AUGGCACUUCCCGCGACUCUAGGUGGAACGGUGGUCUCGCGCAGGGAUUCAACUCCAAUCACACGGGAAGGCCCGGUCACAGGCAGACAGUUUCGCACUCAGGAGCGUUUGAAGGACGGAACGCCACCGGUCCAAGAGGUGACCAACUCCGACAGCAAGGUCAAGGUCGAAGGGCUGGCCGAUACUCUGGCUAUGGCAGCCUUGAAAACAGCAACUCUGGACCUGGCUGGUUUGGCUCUGUUGUGGGACUCUCUUCACCAGCACGAUUUCGUCCAGUCCGUCAGUCCAUCGUUGGUUGCGGUACGACCAACCUACCCUGGCAAUCAGCAACCUCGUGGCGAGUAUACGAGCACUGCAUCGUCCAUGCCCAAUCGAAGCCGAGGAAUUUCUCUUCUUGACGAAAACAAUUUGUCUGGUCGAAGCGAGCGACCUCGACCAUCACAGAAUCCAUUUGUUAUGAAUACUCGGCCACGGCUGGCUGAGAGUGACGUUUGUCCAGUUUGCCGCCGAGCCCUGCCUCCCCAAGGGCCCAAUGGGGAUGAGUCUGCACGAGAAGCUCAUAUAAUUGAUUGUCUCAUGGCUCGAGACGCUACAUACCACGGCGAGGGCAGUCCUGGAGGACCUUUCCAAGCACGGAUCCACAUGCUGCCGUUUAUUGCGACGGAGAAGGACUGCGUUGGGCAGGACGGCAGCAAUCAAGAAUGCUCGAUAUGCAUGGUAGAGUACGAUGUGGGCGAUGAACUGGCAAGGUUGGAAUGUCUUUGUAAAUUUCACAAGGAGUGCAUCGUGGAAUGGUUCGGUCGAAAAGCAGAAUGCCCUCUCCACAAGCUGAUGAGCUGA